AUGUACAUCAUCAAAGAAGGAAAACUGGCCGUGGUCGCAGACGACGGAGUCACGGAGUUCGCUGUUCUGAGCGAAGGCAACUUCUUUGGAGAAAUCAGCAUCCUCAACAUCAAAGGAAACAGGUCUGGAAACCGCCGCACUGCGAACAUCCGCAGCAUCGGGUACUCAGACCUGUUCAGCCUCUCCAAAGAAGACCUCACCUCCACUCUGGCCGAGUUCCCCGCCGCCAUGCGCCACCUGGAGGAGAAGGGCCGCCAGAUCCUCACCAAGAUGGGGAUGUUGGAGGAGAGCGCAGACGGAGAGGAAGAGGAAACUGAAAAGGUGGAGUCCAGAGUCCACAGACUCCAGGAGAACUUGGAAACACUUCAGACCAAACUAGCUCGGCUCAUGGUGGAGCUGGAGGCCAGCAACAGGAAGAUGAAGGGGCGGGUGCAGCAGCUGGAGUGGGAGGUGGCCACCAUGGACCACCAGGGAGGACCGGGACUGCAGGAAGACCACCAGGGAGGACCGGGACUGCAGGAAGACCACCACAGAGGACCGGGACUGCAGGAAGACCACCAGGGAGGACCGGGACUGCAGGAAGACCACCAGGGAGGACCGGGACUGCAGGAAGACCACCAGGGAGGACCGGGACUGCAGGAAGACCACCAGGGAGGACCGGGACUGCAGGAAGACCACCACAGAGGACCGGGACUGCAGGAAGACCACCACAGAGGACCGGGACUGCAGGAGUAUGUGGGGAGAGGAGAAGGUGUGGGGGAGGAAGCAGAUCUACACAGAGAGGAAGCAGAUCUACACAGAGAGGAAGCAGAUCUACACAGAGAGGAAGCAGAUCUACACAGAGAGGAAGCAGAUCUACACAGAGAGGAAGCAGAUCUACACAGAGAGGAAGCAGAUCUACACAGAGAGGAAGCAGAUCUACACAGAGAGGAAGCAGAUCUACACAGAGAGGAAGCAGAUCUACACAGAGAGGAAGCAGAUCUACACAGAGAGGAAGCAGAGGGGGAAGAGGAGGUCCACGACAGCAGAGGCCAGCAAAUCCAAGAUGGAGGACGUGACGAGGAGGUGUCUAAUGAAGGAGAUGGACAGAGUACGAAGAGCAAAGACAGCACUGAGGGUAGAGAAGGGACGGAGGAGAAGGGGGAGAAGGAGGUGAAGGAGGUGAAGGAGGUGAAGGAGGUGAAGGAGGUGAAGGAGGUGAAGGAGGUGAAGGAGGUGAAGAGUGAGAGAGCAGGAUACAUCAGACCAUACCUUAUACCUGGGAUGUCCCUGAGCUGCCGCCUGAUGUCGUUAAAAGCAGCACGUGCUUUCGCCGUCCGGGCUGUGUGA